AUGAUGAAUGGAAACCAAACCUGUCACAUUCAUGGACAAUUGUAUACUUUGCUAAGUCGAUUAGGACAUGGAACAUAUGGAUCUGUAUGGAAAUCUGUGACACCGAAUGGUAAAUAUGUUGCUGUGAAAGUGUUUGACUUCAAUCGUGCAAAAAAUCCCAUGGGCUACAAUGAUCGUCUGAAUUCAUUUACAACUGAAGUCAAAAUGGCUAGGAAAAUGCGUAAUGAAACUAGACAUAUUGUAACAAUGUAUGGAUAUGAGUAUAUUCCGCGACAUGGUGUCGGUUUUAUCGCAAUGGNUGUUGCUGUGAAAGUGUUUGACUUCAAUCGUGCAAAAAAUGCCAUGGGCUACAAUGAUCGCCUGAAUUCAUUUACAACUGAAGUCAAAAUGGCUAGGAAAAUGCGUAAUGAAACUAGACAUAUUGUAACAAUGUAUGGAUAUGAGUAUAUUCCGCGACAUGGUGUCGGUUUUAUCGCAAUGGAAUUAUCAAAUGAAUCAUUUCUCGACCGAAUUCAAAAUCUUCAUCAAACACAGUUGAGAUCUCGAACGUCAGAUUAUAUUUCACCAAGAGAGCGACAGAGAAUUUGGAGUCAAUUAGUCAGUAUUAUUCUAGCACUUCAUCAAUAUGGCGUAAUUCAUCGUGAUCUCAAACCGGCGAAUUUAUUGUUUUUCGGACCGAACUUGAAAGUCAUUGAUCUCGGUAUGGCUCAAGAUGAAUUCACAGGGUAUAGUCGACAUCAAAGAAUAGGUGGCACGCGUCCCUAUAGUGCACCAGAAUGCUUCUCAGGUCAAAUGCCGAUCACAUCCAAAGCUGAUGUUUGGUCAGCAGGUGCUAUUCUAUACCAUAUAACUUAUGGAAAGCCGCCUAUGUUUGAAACUGCACGACCGCCGCUCGGUGUUUUACCAACUCGUUCUCGUUCCAUUCAAGAUGUUCUUGAUCGCUGUCUUCAACAGAUUGCAUCUCGACGACCAGAUCAUCAAUGGCUUGUUCAUCAUCCUCUAACGAAACCUACGGCAAGGUUCAGAAACUGA